GAAAAAAAGCUAAAUGUGCAUGAUAAAAGUAUAAUAUACAGCUAAAUCUUAUUAUUUAUUAAGUUACCUUUUAGAAUUUCGUAGUUUCAAGUUGGUUUCAAGUCAGACAAAUAUUUGGAUAGUUUAAUACUGAUGAAAAAACACCUAUAUAACGUCAUAUAUAUUAUUUAAGGCAACGGUUUAGUCGCUGAAUGUAUCGUUUUUUUUUUACCUUACUUCGACGUUGCAGGAGCAUGACAGCUUAUGUCAUUAGUGUCAUUACCUGCUCUCAUCUCAUCUAAUCUAGUUUGAGCUUACUGGUGGCUUCUUAUAAAAGUUUCGUUGUUCAUCAUAUUGUAAAUAUUACUCUUAGUGUUAAGAAAUCAAGUACCACAUUUUAACUUUUGCAAUGAGCUCAAUCCAGCUAGCAGAAUUUGUUUUAUGGAAGUCUGUUAAACAAAAACGCGAAGAGGAAUAUGAAAAUCAGGAAUCACAGUUUUCAUUUAGAAAAUCUAACGAGAUUGUAUUUCCGAAUGAGAUGAUUUGCAGAGUCUGCACUGGCCCUGCCGAUAUACCUAUCACAGAUAAAAUUGAUGGAAUUAACAUUUCGUGUGCAAUUAGAACAGUCUCUUGUGUUUGGGUAAGUAAUGCAGAUUCCUACCCAAAAUAUGUUUGUAAAAACUGUGUAGAAGAACUGAAAGUGUCCUUAGCCUUUAAGAAAAAAAUGUGAGGCUUCAGAUUCACUAUUUCGCCAAACACAUUCCGGGAAAGCCAAUAAUCAUGCUGCCUCAAUUGUGAAGCAUGAUUUCGCCCUAAUAAUUAAUGAAAUGAAGGAAAGAAGAAUCAGCAGGCUUGCCAUUAAGAGAGAACGGAGGAAUAGUAAAAGUAAAAAAGCCAAUGUGUGGGAUCUUAAAGAAACUAAUGCAGGAGUUAAAGACAGAUCUAUAAAAACAAUAAGAUGUCAAAGGUGUGACCUCAAAUUUGAUUCAAGGGCUUUGUUGAAAGAGCACCGUCUUAAGCAAAACUGCAUUUGUCCUCCUUGCCCAAUAUGUGGGAAACUUGUCUCCAACUUGGCAAGACACAAGAAAAGUGUACAUUUGCGGACUCAGAAGUACACCUGUCACAUUUGUGGCAAAAUAUCCUACUCAGCAGGAGCAUCGAGGAAUCACUUGUUAAUACACUCAGAUAAAUGCAACUUCUCCUGCCCAUUGUGUCCAUACAAAGGCAAGCAGCAGGCUUACCUAACUCUGCACAUGAGAAUACACACAGGCGAGAAGCCAUACUUGUGUUCUGAGUGUCCUGCAAAGUUUGUCAACCCAAGCAACCUGAGGAAACAUCAGCUGACACAUUCUAGUAAAAAAUUUGAGUGUAAUAAAUGCAAGAAACAAUUCCGGUUAAAGAAAUCACUACAAGAACAUUACGAUGCUGCCCAUUUAAAUGUUAGAUACAGAUGCACUAUUUGCGGUCGUGAUUUAUGGACAAGGCGGAAACUGCUGAGUCACGAGUUAAGGGUACAUAAUCGAGAAAAACAUAAAUUGUAUGAUGAAGUGUAUAAAGUUGUCCUUAAUGAUAAAAAUGAUUGAGUAUAAUGUACACAUAACCAAAGAUACAUUGAUUAAGAUGCACAAAAUCUAAGACAAUUUUGUGCUUCAAAGUUGACAGGUAAAGGAGAUGGUGCUAUAAAGCUCCAUACAUUUUCAGUAACUCUAAUUGUCAAAAGUUGAUGUUUGAGAAUUCAGUGACAGCAAAACAUGGUGCAGUAUGCCCCAUCUGUUUUGGACAUCAAAAUAAGGACAUUUCUUUUCUUAGAUUUUACCUCUCUAUUAUAAUCAAUUCUCUUUGACUAAAUUGAACUGGACACUAUAAUCAGGACUAAAUUACUUUUCCUGUAUACAGUUAAAAUGUACUUCAAUAUUUUAAUGGCAGAUUAUUAUAAUAAAAUAAAUAAAUAAUUGUUAAGAUA